GUCUGCUGCGUGCUCGCGCAGAGUCAGACUGCACUCACCCGCGAGCUCGCCUCGCCCCACACUCCUUUCUUUCUCUCUUCACCGCGCUUUUGCACCACAAGCAACGAUGGUAUUCGGACUGUUCAGCAAGAAACUACCCCCGCCUCCGCCCGCAUCGAUACCGCUUCCCCCCUCGCCAUCGCCGUCCAAGGCAGAGCUUCUGCCGCCCGAGCCUACGAAACAGGCUCAGACACAACUGCGAACGCCAUCGCCGUCGGUGGACUCUGCAUCUAUUGCGCAUGGCCCAGCACAGUCACCGUCGCCCGCUGCCCAAAUGGCGCGGCUCUCAGUCGACGAGCGCAUACGGCAGGGCUCUCCUACGAGACAGGCCGGGCCGAGCACCCUUGUCCAGACGCUAGGACAGCCGGCGUUUGUUCCCCCAGAGGCCACAGUGGACUCCCUCGCGGCACACAUCAAGUCGAUCCCCGCGAAGAUCUUACAUGCAUACGUCCUAUCCCACCUCCCCCAUGCGCCUGAGCUGCUCCUCCCUGCCCUCGCAACGUUUUUCGCUGAACUCGCACCACCGGAGAAGCUGCACUGCGUGCGAUGUCACAAGGACUAUGUCGAGGUCGAGAACGACGAUCGCAGCUGUCUCGUCGCCCAUGACGAUGAGAGCGCAGAGGUCGAACGUGUAGGGCGCGGGGCAAAGACCGGGCGACCCUUGGGUGACCCAGGCACGACAUACGAGACGAUCUGGGGCUGCUGCGGGAAGAUUACAGAAGGCGACGGCGACCAAGGCCCACCGGAUGGGUGGUGUUACGAGGGCAAGCACACAACCGAUAUCAAGCGUGCCCGUUUCCGCGCUGACUCCACGCCGACGAAUGACAAGCUGGUAUCUUGUCUCCGGCGCAACUGCCAUGGCAUCCGCGACCAGCUCCCGCGCGCCUCGCUGCGCAAACGCAGACGGGAAGUGAAUCUCAAGGAAGCCUCCACGGAAGAGGACGAUAUGAGCGAGGGCGACGCGGACAGCGGAGUUGACGAGAUCAUGGGGCGGAGGAUAGACAGGAAGGGUAAGGGCAAGGCGAAGGAGAAGCCGAAGAACGCGAACGAUGAGAAUGAGCAAAUGGACGUGGAUGAUAACGCGAGCCGUGCGGGUAGCGUGCGCGGACGGGGUAGAGGGCGUCCACCGAAAUCCGCGGCAAACACUCCGUCUGGCCCUGGAGCGCCUAAGCGGCGCGGUCGCCCACCCAAGUCCAAGGUGCAGGAAGCGACAGACGUGGAGGGUGCAGAUGCAGACGUCGACGACACCAUGUCGGUGCGCUCAUCUGUAGCACCGGCCGAAGCGCCCAAGCGGAGGGGCAGGAAACCCAAGAGCAAGGCGUAUAUUGAGGACUCGGACGCAGAGAUGCGGGUGGAAGACAGCGAGAUGGAGCGGGCGCGGAAUAGGGAGCGAAAGGAGAAGGGCCCGCGGACUCGCAGUCAAAGUAGAACAAGAGGCGCGGAGGGUAAGUCGAAGACUAAGGCACGAAAGACGCGGGACGAGAAUGUGAACGAGGCGAAAGCUACUGGGGAUGAGGAGGACGAGCUACCGAAGAAGAAACGGAAGACAGCUGCGUGAACGUCUAUGCACGCAAGAACGCCUCGAUUGUUCGCUCCCCGUCUUUGUUUGGUGGUAUCCUGCGUAUGCUAUAUCUCAUCUGACUCAUCUAUAUGUGUAUUUCGCUGCCCCUUGCGUCAGGUGUCUUCAAGCGUAUCGGGCUAAUUUAUCAAGGACUGAUCGUCUAUUGUUAUGACAUGACACCCUUUCCUUCAGAUUGCCGUGUAUCGAUUACGUCCCUUGUUUCCACUGUGUCCUUGGUUUGCGUUGAUCCACUGUUUGGCUUUCUGAACGCUCUUUACCAGUCAUGCUCACUUGCUCUGGCAUGUUGUUCUUUGCUAGUAUACCUUGUGGUAGCGAAACCUGCUGGCAUCCCUACUCGUAGCAUCGAUGCAUCUGAAUCACCAAGGAUCUGGCCCAAGGACUCGGAGGGUCUGUGUCCUUUG